CAUAUAAGACUGAAUCAAUUUAGUUACUUUAGCCAUACUUGUACGUACAAAUAUUAUCGGGCCUAACCCGACCCAAUUGCCAUCCCGAGCUAACAGAGUGAACGCUCCUGUGAUUUGGACUGGAAGCUACCACCGGCCACAGCGAGCUAGGGUCGGUAUCAUGCCGGAAAAUUUUUCCAACAAGCUAAGCAUGCAAUUUGUUUUGUCGCAGGCGGUGAACCCUUUACUCCAUGGAAUGGAGACACAAAACAAAACGAGCCCUCUCCCUUUCACUUUUCGUUUUUUCUUUUUUUUCUUUGGAUACCACUAUCCAUCUACCACUUUCCUCUUUUCGUGAACAUGCCAUGAGUGAUGGAGAGAAAUGGAGAAUUGACAAAAAGAAAGAUGCUAAGCUAGUUAUUAGUGCUGGAUUAGGUUAGACGUAGUACGUUAAAAGUGAAGAUUGGACGUCCAACUUAAUCACAAAAAGUCAACUAUUAACAAAUUAUAUGAACUUUCAAGUUUCAAACUUGGCGAGUGUGUAAAAACAAAUUUGAAGCUUCUCGUCAGACAAGUGCCGCGCGAUCGAAGAUAGUUUAAAUUAUUGAUUUGAAGUUUGCACAAACCCAACAUAUCAUGUGCUUUAAAGACAACGAUGAAUGUUGGUGAUCGUGAGGAAUUGAACACGGAAUUUUAAGGAUAAACCAACUUUGAUACCAUGUUAAGAACCAAUUGGAUGCAAUAACUCGAGUUUUUGGUAGAUGUUAAAUUGUAAAUCAUAUACCACUUAUUAACACACGCUGCUCUAACGAAAGGUGACCCGUUACUACGUAACCUUAGCCACAGUUGAGGAAUAAGUAGUCAACCUCAUUGCUCCACCCUUUUUGUAGUCCUAUCCAUCUUCUCCAACAAUGGCCAUCAAUUUCUCCCCGUCUAUAGUGUUUGCAAGCUAGCUAGUAGCUACGGGAGAGAGACGACAGGCAGACAGGCAGACAAAAGGAAAAAGAGCACCAAAAAGAGGGCAGAGACGUGAAUGACAAUAGUCGGUAAAUUGGCAGAGGAUUGAUUUUACUUUUUUUGGUAGAAAGAUUGGCGUAUUAUCACUUAACUCGUAUUAAUAAUAGAACGUUCUUGGAAUAUAUACAUUACAUCGUAACGAAACCAUUGGCUAAGAGUACCCAAAGUUUUUUCGUCUUGGAAUUUCCUUUCGUUAGUUGACUUCCUGCAGGCCUUAAUUAGCAUAAUAAACGCUUCAUCCAUAGCCGGUUGGCCGGAUGCAUGAAAGUGAUAAUUUUGUAGAUAUGUUUAUUACUUCGUAUUUAAAAUUGUUAUGAAUAAUUUUUGAAUACACGAUUCAAACGACGUAAUCGCGAAGGUUGGUGUGCACAACUAUUUCAUUGUUAUUGAAUCUUUGGUUAAUAGAAUUUGAUAUUAUGUACAACUACAGUGAAGUUACCGAAUUUCCGUUGAUCGAAAGAUUUUUUUAAUCCAAAUCACGAUAAUCCAAAUAAUGAUGUUCCACACGAUAGUGCUUGGAUUUUCAUUUCAAUAUAUAUAUUGACAUAUACUAAAUUGAAAUAUUACAUUCACAUUUGAACUAUGAUCCCCCAACCAUUGGAAUUAGGUAGCUAAUUCAUUAGUUCAUAAUGAUUUUUCAUGUAAUAUGAUUUGAUAUUAUGUACGAUGAGAGAAUGAAGCUUAUCAAAUCUUCAUUGACCUAUAGAUGUUGUACCUAAAUCAUCAUAAUUACAAUAUUGAUGAUUUUUCACCCGAAAGAGUGGUUGGAUUUUCAUUUUGACAUUGCCAUAUUAUUAUUAUAUAAUUAAAAUUAUAAACACUUUUCACUAUUGUUAAAUAAAAUAUUUAUUAUUGUUUACUAAAAUAUUUAACAGGUCUAAUCAUACUUUACUUUCUAAAAUUUGAUUUUAUUAUUAGAUCACACAUUAUAAAAAAUUAUGUAAUAAUGUUUUAUAAUAGUUCUUUAUCUCCUACAUUCAAUUUUAUCAUAAUCUCUUGAUUAGUUAACUUCGACAUAACAAUUUAAUCAUAUAUUAUUACUUUCGUGUUACUUUCUAAACUUUUAUUUUAUUAUUAGACCUCACAUUAUGAAAUAUUUAUGUAACAAUAUUUUACAACAGUUGCACAAAUUAAAAAUUCAUCAAUUUUACUUACUAUAACUUGAUUUUAUUAUUAGACCACACAUUUUUAAAAAUUUAUGUAAUAACUAUCUAUAACUGUUACAUGAGUUUUCCUUAAUGAUUAAACACUGGGUAAAUCUUAUGUAGAUAUAGUUAUUACUGUGUAUCACUUAUUACUGGGUAAAUCUUAUGUAGAUAUAGUUAUUAUAUAUGUAUCUUAUCUUAAUAAUUUUGUGAAUUAUUUGAUUUAAACUAAAUCAUUAUUUUGUUACCAUGGCGGAGCGCGGGCCAAAAAACUAGCAAUACUAAAAUGAAAUAUAACUUUUACUUUAGAACUAUGAUCUCCCAACCAUAGGGGUUAGCUAGCUACUUUUUCACACUUUUGAUAGCAUAUUUGGUAGCUAUCUUGAUUUAGCUGAGUUUUAUGAAGAAUCGAUAAGUUUCAAUAACACGAGUUUUGAGAGAAUUUUAAUUAUGGAUCUUCUAUCACUCUUUUACACAUUUCCUAAAAAAGAAAACCAAAUAACGUGUUUGAAAUUCGCACAAACUCACCAUAACUUGUGGUUAAAUCAAUUGUAAAUAUUGGGGUCAUGGAGAUUUGAACAUGAGACGUCAUAUUAUCAAACAAGCUUUGAUACCACAUAAAGAUUUAACUAAACCUAAUAACUCUAGUUGCUGGAAAAAUUGUUAGUUAUGUAUCUUCUACCACUCUCUUACAAGUUACACCCUACCCUACAGAAGACUUACAAGGCAAACUCAGAUGGAAAGAGAAAGCAAACAAAAGCAGCAACAAAGAAAUAAGGGACAUCAUAGGUUCGAAGAUCGAAAAAAAAAUAGCGACAAUCACCAUUAUAUAAAAAAAAAAAGAGAAUGAGACUUCAUAGUUAGAUUAACUCUGAUACUAUAUAAUUAACUUUAAUAACUCGAGUUGUUGAAAAUCUUCUACCAUUCUCUUACUAGUUUUAGGUGAGUGAAUAGAUGAGUUAGCCGGGACCACGUACAUGAAGGAAGUCAUUACAUGUUCCAUUAUUCAAGUCGCAGCACACGUGUGAAUUCUUGCUUCAUACAUGCACAAUGCUAUAAUGUUGUUGGCCAUAUGAUGAUUUCUUAUUUUUCCUGUUCUUUCAUUUCCGAAAAGGAUGAACAUAUUCAUAAAAAAAAAAAAAAAAAGAAGAACAUUUUAUGUGUUCUGUCUUUUUUGUUUGGCUUUGCCCCUCAUCAGCAUGAUUUCUUAUUUCUCCUUUUGAUGUUAUUUCAUCUGCAGCUCUGCAUAUAGUUCAAAACAAAUGCAGCUAAAAUUUUGAACGCUUUUGGUUCAUAUACAGCUGUGUGACUUCAGCUGCUCAACUCGUGUUUCAAUGAUAAUUUAUGUAUUGAAUGAGUGUGAGAGGUGAGAGUGAGACCAUGGACAGCAGUUAACAAAAUCAAAAGGAGAUAGGAUGAUAACAUCAAUGUGUCAUUUUUCUAUAUAUUAACGGUAUUUCAUGAAAGAUAAAUGAGUAAAGUCAACAACAACAAAAAUCCAACAAGAUCAUAUUUAAUCAAAAUCCAAACUAUUUAUCCACACCUAUCUCAAUCACGCCUUACCAUAUCUUACUUUACUCUUCCAUUCUCGUCAUUUCUGUAGUAAAAUCAGUUAGUCUCAAUAACUCGAGUAGAUAGGAGAAGGUUAAUUAUGGAUCUUAUAACACUCUCCUACAACACCUCCUUAAAAAUAAAGCCAACUCAUAGAUUUUAAAGGUUGUACAUGUCCACCCGAGAUUAUCGUGGCAGGAUGUGUUUAGGAACAGAAAUAUGGGAGAAUUAGACGAAGAUAUACAUUAUCUAUUGGUCUAAUGUUCACCAUUGGUAUGAAAAUAUAAGUCUAUGAGAUCUAGUGAUUCGUCAAUUUCACAUAUGUUCCUUCUAUAAGGGUGUACAGUUGUAGUAGCUUAAUCUGUAAGGCUAACACAACUGGAGGGGGAAAUUAGGUGGCUAAAUACUAAAAUUUUCUUUUAGCCUUAUCGAAAACAGAACCUUGUGUAGGGAUGGCAAUCAAACCCAUGGCCGCAGGUAUCCGACCCAAUCAACGUGGGGAAUCCCCGUUUCGAUCGGGUAUGGGGCGGGUAUGAUAAAACCCGCAAAAAGUUUGAUGGGUAUGGGGCGAGUAUGGUUUUAGCCUCCCCCGCCCCAUACCCGUCCCCAUACACCCCACCAAGAUAAUUUCUUCAUAUAUAUAAACAAAAAAUGUGCAUCAAAUUAUAAUCUAUCAAUGAUGAUGAGGAUAACUUGAGAAAAUAAAUAGUAGAAAUGCAAUUGAUUGACCACCUUAAUCAAAAUCUAAUUCAUUUCUCUCAAUUCUCAUUUCACUCUUUCACGUUCCCCCUUGUCAACAAGAUCAUGUUAGUUAAUUAUUAUUUAGUAGAUGUAUCAGAGUUAGAGCAUAAUAAUUUGAAAAAUAUUAUACUCUAUAUUAUGUAUUAAUGGAUAUUUUAGGAUCAUAAUCUUUGAACCAUAUUAAAAAAAUGACCGUGUUUUAUUGACUUCAUGAUAUAAUAUGUUCGUUUAGAAUUAUAAUUAGAACUUUUCUUGUAAGUUUUAGGUAUAAUAAUGUUGGAUGUACGGAUAUGGGUAUUACCCAUGGGUACCCGAAACCCACGGGUAUGAGGAUGGGUUUGCAAAACAUUCCCCGCAUGGGUAUGGGGCAGGUAUGAGUUUGGGUAUUUGAAGAUGGGUAUGAGGAUGGUUUAAGCAAACCCGUCCCAAACCCGCCACAUUGCCAUCCCUAACCUUGUGGCUAUAAUUUUCUGUUUCGUGUUUUUUAUAUUGUUAUUCCCACCGUCCUGUGAUGACGUAGUAGUUAACAACACAUAUAUCUCACGAACGACUAGUGAUGGCAAUGGAGCGGGGCGGGUACCUCAAUUCCCAUGCCCCGCCCCACGCUACUACGGGUCAGGGCGGGUAAAACCCGCCCGGGUACGGGGCGGGGCGGGUCAACCUACUCUUACAUGUUGUUCAAAAAAAAUACAAGUAAAUUUUACUUUUUACAAUAAAACGUAGGGGAAAACACUUUAAGAAUGAAAAAUAUUGAUAAUAGAAUGGAUAAUUGAGCCUAACAAGUUGAAAGAUCGACUCUAACUAGUUGAAGAAAAGUCAAAAUAGGAGAAAUAUGUAUAGAUAUUGUAAGAAAUUGAGAUAAAAGGAGUGUACAACGGGGCGGGGCGGGUCGGAAGUAGAUACCCAUGCCCCACCCCACGCUACUGUGGGUCGGGUAAUACCCACCCCAUCGCGGGUUAGGUCGGGUAAUACCCGCUGGACGGGUUGAAAUUGUCAUCACUACGAACGACUGCUUGAGGAAAUUCUUUCUCUUACACAGGGGCAGUGCGACAAUAGUGGUGGUGAGAUUAGAGUUGGACUCUGAGGUGUACUUGAGUCAUCGAAUUCUCAAGCAUCGGCGGUGAGCGUUGAUAGUUUUUGUGAGCACGAACUGAUCCACCAAGAGAAAAAAAAAAGAGAAAACAAAGGUUGACCUAGCUAACAAUUGGCAACUCAAAUUCUAUACAAUCACAAAAGAUGUCAAAAAUAAUAUGUUGGGUAUAUGGCUCGGGUCUAGUCGCACCAGGGAAGCAUCCCGGCACCGCCUCAGAAGGGUCAGGCGCGUCAAUACCACCACAACCAAGGCCGCGCCCGCACCCGCGCGAGGAUCACGCCCGCUUCGAAGGCCGCACUCACGGACGAAGACCCCAGACUCCGAACGACGACGUUUCACUUAAGCCUUGACCAGACCAAGAAACCAUGAAAACGACGCCGCGUUUUCGGAAGUGUAGUCACAUCAUUGUCCUAGGUAGAGGUGUGGCCUAAACUCCUGACAUGUCAGUAGUCAUGUCACAUUAAAUAACUCACCCACCACCAUGUAGCCUAUAAAUAUGGCAUUUACUCCGGUGGGUGAGGGGAUCGCAUUUUUCACUCUCUCACUCUACCUACUAAGAACUUUAUCUCUCUAAGAAUUUCCUCUGCCCAAACUCCCUUGCUACUUACUCUAAGAAUCUCCUCUGCCCUAACUUCCCUGUUGCUUACUCUACUCACCCACCUUUCAUCCGAGUCUCCCUCCUACUCUCAGUUAUACUCAAACAUAAUAUUUCCAAUUUUUGCGCAAAAAUGGAAAACUAGUGUAUUUUAUAGCGUUAUGUAGUUCUAGAGUGGCUUCUCAUGGUUCUAAUAUGCUUAAUAAGAGUUGUGUGUUUUGUCAUGUUUCUUGUUUGCUCUGGAAUUUCUAAUCUGCACUGGAAUUUCUAAUCUGCUUCAUUAUAUUUGUACUACAAAAAAGACGGUCAUUACUGACGACACUUUUUUUGUCGAAAAAACUGUGUUGUGUCAGAAGUUGUGAGAAAAUGUCUCAUCGGUAAUACUCUACUUCUGACAUACAGUCGGAAAAAUAUUAUUAUCAAUACCAAGACCUCGUUGAUAAACCAAAUUAAGACUAAUAGAAAGGCUAAUUUUGUGUCGUCAAUAAGUUUCUGUCAAGACUGUCUGUCAUUUUUGUAGUGUUAGAGUCAACUUUAUGACUUUUUUGUCUAUUUCAUGAAACUUGUGGUCGGCUUUAUGGUGUGCUCUCUAUAUUUUAUGAUUGGCUUUAUGAGGUUUUUCUAGUGUGGCGUGUUUCUUUUUUAUUGUCUCGUCUCAGUUUUCUUGUCUACUUCAUGAUAUUUGUGCUUAGUUGUAUGCGCUCUCGUAUGUUGCAUGAAACUUGUAGUCAGCUUUGAGUUUUCUAAUAUGCUUUUUGAGUUUGGUGGUGUUGUGAGCUUCUCAUCUGUUUUAUGAGUUUUCUUAUAUGCUUUAUGUUAUUUCGUGGUGUUGUUUAUCGUGUUUCUAGUAUGUUAUAUGAUCCUUGUUGCACACAUGCUUGUUUCUUUGAUAAUUUAAAGAAAAAUGAUAAGCAUGUCCCUCCUUUUAAAAUUCAACAUUAAAUUAUGGUCAAUGUCUUCAAUAUAACAAGAGACAAAAUUUCCCAUUAUAUGGAGUUAGUAUUCUCAUACUAAAGAUAUUAGAACCCUAACCCAACACUUGUUGCUAGUGAACUAUGAUCACUCGGUUAGAGAGAGCUCUUGAUGGCUUUGAAGAACCUAUGCCUCUCCUAUUUCCUUUUAAAUCCACUUUUUCAAAUUCACUAUAAAAUGUUGCUACAGCUGAGUGGGUAAAUUUUUUCUUCCUAACAAUAAACAAAGUUAACUUUCUUGAUGGCGGAAUUAUGGGGAACACGUCAAAUCCGACCAACCAAUACAGUUUAUUCACUGUUUAAAAGCCAAUUUUGCCCCCUCGCUUGAUUGUACAUCAGUAAGUGGCUUGAAAUUCUUUCUUGCGGUUCUUUUCAUAUUGUUUUUAAAUUUUAACUGACUUGUUGAAUUAGCAAAUUAAAUUGUUUGUUAAGUGUACCUAUCAUUUGUCUUCGGAUAAUUUUCAUUUUCUCGAACCGUUUAGAAUAUUGUCUUCUGGAUUAAUGUUGAUAAUUUCAAUAAUACUUUGAAGUAAGAUAACUCGAUAUUGGAUUACAUAAAUUACAAUAAUCGUUAUAUAAUGUUUAUGUAACAUAUGUUUAUAUGAUCUAAUUAUAUUAAUAUUGUGUUAAGUAAACUAAAAAUAUAAUUAUAGAAGCCUUUCUUAAUAUAUUUGUUAAACUCUUACGUAAGAAAUAUAUGUCAUCGUUUCGUAACCUUUAUAUAUACAAUUUAUGUGGGUUUUUUUAUCUAAGUUGUGAAAAUGAUGUUUGAACGGUCUUUUUACAUAAUGAAGAUUAAUAUUGCAUAACAUAAAUUUUCAAAUCAUUACGGAAGUCAUACGCUAGACGUCUAAUUUAACUGCUACUUGGCAAGUAACUAUUGUUCUUUAAUCUUACAUAACAGAGUCUAAAAUGACAUUUCACAAGUCUUAAGUAACUUGUGAUCAUUUCUACAUAACGAAUAAUAGCACCAUAUUACGUGUAAGUGUCAAAUCAUUAUGAAACCAUAACGCAAUUGAAAUUACUUAAUGAUCAACGUAGUGUUUGUAUUGCAUCCAUUUGAAUGGCUUAGAUUUAUUCGAAAAAAUUCAAGUAAUCUAAGUCAGACAAAAAGCAUCAAGUUACCGUAGGAGGUCCCAUACAGUUUGGGACAUUUACGUGUAGGGUUUUUUUUUUUUUUCCUCUCCCUAUUUUCCCGAAAAAGAAAUUUCCACAUAUAUAUGCUAUUGAACCAAGAUAUGCUGAGAAGGAAACUUUGACGCUAAAAUCCAUACCUAGAAUCUCCAAAUUGAAAAAUCUACACCAAGGCGGCCGUUGUUAGCCUAUUUUUUUCUGAAAACCUAUAAACAAGAUAAGCAGAGAGAACAAAGGCUUGUAUUUUGUUGAAAAAUGCGAAGUGGUGUUUGUACGUAUUUUGUAAUUGUAAAAUUGGUGGCGAGACAGACAGAUCCACAUGUUUAAAAGCUAGUCCUCUGACCUCACUCCAUCACAAAUACGAUCCUUCUCUUCUGUCUGCUGUGUACUCUCUCUAGUCUUACAUGGUAAUUAGUAAUUUCCCAUGUCAAUAGGAAUGGCAAUAGGUAGGUCGGGCGGGUUUUUUGGUACCCAGAUCCGUCCCGUGGCAGGUCAAGUACAGGUCGGGUAAUUUAUCAUGGGUCGCGGGUCGGGGCAGGUCGACCCAAUGGGUAUACAAUUUAUAUGAAAAACAUUAGAAAUAUUCGUUAUUUUUUAUUAUAAGAACAAGAAAACAAACAAUAUUAUGAUAAAUGUAGUUAAAUUAUUCGAGAAAUUGAGGUUUUCACUAAUUUACAGCUUUAUUAUACCUCAAAAAUGAUGUAAUAGAAGGAAAUUCUUAAGUAAUUUGACUAAAAUUACAUGUAAUUUAGGCAAGAACGAAUCAAGAAUGAGACGGGUCAGGGCCGAUCGGACCAAUAAGAGUACCCAUGCCCGCCCCAAAACAGGCCAAACAGAUCGGAUAAAAGAGUUGGGGUCGA